GAAUGAACCACAUCCCUACCCUAAUCGCAUCUCCAUCCACGGGUCUUCCAGGGCCCAUACUUCACGCCCUUUGUGCCGCGACGGGAGACUCGCCAGGAUGCUGUCCGGAAUACUCAUCUUCAACCAAAAGGGCGAAAACCUGAUUUUCAGGGCGUUCCGCAAUGACUGCCGCCCGCGUCUGGCCGAUGUCUUCCGCAUCCAAGUCAUCAGCAACGCCCAGGUCCGCUCGCCCAUUCUUACGCUUGGCAGCACCACCUUCAGCCAUGUCAAGCACGAGAACAUCUACCUGGUUGCUAUCACCAAGAGCAACGCCAAUGCCGCCCUUGUAUUCGAGUUUCUCUAUCGCCUGAUCCAGCUCGGCCGCGGCUACUUCGGAAAGUUCGAUGAGGAAGCCGUCAAGAACAACUUUGUCCUGGUCUACGAGCUCCUCGACGAAAUCAUCGACUUCGGCUACCCCCAAAACACCGAAACGGACACACUCAAGAUGUACAUCACCACGGAGGGCGUCAAGUCGGAGCGCGCCGUCGAGGACUCAGCCAAGAUCACAAUGCAAGCGACUGGCGCGCUGUCCUGGCGAAAGGCCGACGUCAAGUACCGCAAGAACGAGGCGUUUGUCGACGUUAUCGAGGACGUAAAUCUGCUCAUGAGCGCAACCGGCGCCGUGUUGCGCGCGGACGUCACCGGCCAGAUCAUCAUGCGCGCCUACCUCAGCGGCACUCCCGAAUGCAAGUUCGGUCUGAACGACCGACUGCUGCUCGACAACGAUGGGCUGCUGAGCCUUCCAAGCGGGAAUAGGAUGGGGAGCAAGGCGACAAAGGCAGCCGCUGGGAGCGUCACCCUAGAGGAUUGCCAGUUCCACCAGUGCGUGAAGCUCGGCAAAUUCGACAGCGACCGCAUCAUCAGCUUUGUUCCACCCGACGGCGAGUUCGAGCUGAUGCGCUACCGUGCCACCGAGAACGUCAACCUUCCGUUCAAAGUCCACGCGAUCGUCAACGAGGUCGGCAAGACCAAAGUCGAGUACAGCAUCGGUGUACGCGCAAAUUUCGGGUCCAAACUCUUUGCCACCAAUGUCAUCGUGCGCAUCCCGACACCGCUCAACACCGCUCGGAUUACGGAGCGGUGUACCCAGGGCAAGGCCAAGUACGAACCGUCCGAAAACAAUAUUGUAUGGAAGAUUGGCCGCUUUACUGGCCAGAGCGAGUUUGUGUUGAGUGCGGAGGCCGAGUUGACCGCCAUGACCAACCAAAAGGCCUGGAGUCGGCCACCCCUAAGCUUGAACUUCAGCCUCCUAAUGUUCACAAGCUCCGGGCUGCUCGUCAGGUAUUUGAAGGUGUUUGAGAAGAGCAACUACUCGAGUGUGAAAUGGGUGCGGUACAUGACAAGGGCAGGGAGUUACGAGAUCAGGUUCUAAUCCGAUAUGCGAUCCGAUUCUUCCACCAUGUAUUUGGGAUUAUAUGCAUCUAAAGCACCGCAUAGCACUGGCGUUGGGGCGUUUUGGUUUACUUGUAGGGUAUAGCAGUGUCUCUCACAAAUAGCAUAGGCACUCAGGCCUCGAAGACCGGAAGCGUACAUAUCCCAGGGCAGCAGCAGCGUACUGGUCUUUUCGGCUGUGGUUAGCGCCUAUAUCCUUGUGGCACAACGCGUACUUUGGAUGGCCUCCUCCAACUUGCCUAGGUUGAAGGGUCACCUGAGUCUGUUGGUUCAACGGCGUGAACGGGGCCCGUGUACAAGCCGGGUAACCCCGGCCCUGGGCAGUAGGUUAAGGCCUGUUGGGCUUCCAAAUAGGGCAGGCCAAUUCACUCGGUGUUACUAUGGAUCAUUGAUAUUGUGUAGAACCAACAGCAGUUUCACCAUGCAGCAGAAACAGGUUUGGGUACAAUCAUCGGAUCCCUGAG